AUGGGCAAGGGCGAAGGAAGUGAAGGUUUGAUUGGCAGUGUUGUUCUUCACAAUGGAUUCCCUGUUACUGGCGGUGCACCAGCCUUAAACAGGGCUAGAGGUGGUUUACUUGAACUAUCCUGUCAAUCAGAUUUCGUGGGCAGAACGAACGAGUUCAAGAGGCUGGUUGAGGAUGUUACUCAUUCGUUGUCAUUCCUCGUCGACGCGGAUGGAUUCACCGAUGUAGACGUCAACGGCUGGUUAGAUGCACCUCUGAUCAGCUCAUCACCCACCUCCACUCCUUCCACUCCCUCAACAGAGUCCAUCCAUCAAGCAAUCACAAAGACGAUCGCUAGUGUCGGUGAAAAUAUUACCAUCAAGCGUUUCACUGCGUUUAACUUACCCAGUGCUAAAUCAGCUAACGCAAAUAUUCGCUCACUAGGCCAAUUCACCCAUUCCAUCCAACCGAACAGCCAUUUUAACGAGAAAUCACCCGUACAACUCGGUUUAUUGGCUGCUUUGGUUGAUUUGGAGGUUAGCGGGGGUGUGAAGGAGGAGAACGUCCACCAAAUGUCACGCAAGAUCGCUAGACAGUCAGUUGCGAUGCCUUGUUCGAGUGUAGAUGAGUUGCUUGAGCAGGAGUUGCUUGGCGGUGUCAAUGAAGAGAGUAUUAUACUCGUUGCCAUUCUCUGGGUCUGUAGCUAUGAAUUGACUGAUGAAAUGUUCAAACUUGGUUACAACAAGCCUUUCUUCCUCACUUACCUCACUUCCUCCUCAUUCUCCCCCUAUUUGAUUCCAUAUGUCUUGAAUCGCAAAUCCACUAGAAACCCAGUCAUGCUCACACCAAACCAAACAUUCCAAUUAGCUGUAAAGUUCACUCUCUUUUGGACACUUGCCAACUUUUCCAUCAACGCCAGCCUCCAAUUCACUUCCGUGGCGAGCUCAACCAUCCUCAGCUCAACCUCUGGUCUAUGGACAUUUCUUAUCGGUGUCCUACUCCGCGUUGAGUCAUUCGAAUUCACCAAGCUAUUCGCCAUAUUCGCCUCCAUUUCCGGUUCGUUUUUGGUUACGUUUUCGGAUUUUAGCGGGAUGCGCGGGGAGCCCGAGGAGUUUGGCGGUAUGUCUAUUCUCGGCGACACACUCGCUCUCCUUAGCGCCAUCAGCUUCUCCGUCUAUAUGCUCCUGCUCAAGAAGACAGCUGGGAGCGAGUCGCGGAUCGAUUUCCCUUUGUUCCUCGGCUGUAUUGGCGCCAUCAGCACUGUGUGUUUGUGGCCCCUCCUCGUCAUCCUCGACUACACGCAGGUCGAACCUUUUCAUCUGCCAGAGACGACCGCAUUGGGCAGUAUAAUACUUGUCAACAUGGCUAUUUCGUUUAGCUCUGACUAUCUUUACUUGCAGGCUAUGCUCAAGACUAGCCCGCUCGUCGCUACCAUCGGCAUCAGCCUCUGUCUCCCCUUUUCCAUUGUAGCCGACUGGUGGCGUGGUCAGCUACACUUGACGACGUGUGGGCUAGUGGGAAGUGCUCUCGUUCUCGCCUCUUUCGUUGUAUUGGGCUAUGAAGAGGAUGAGGAGGAGCAGUUGCGUGGGCAUGGACAUGUCUCAGACGAGUCUCAGUCUUUGUUAGGUGCAGACGCAACCACAUACGAUUCUACCACUUGA